GGUAGAGGGGAGGGAACUAUCUUGACUAGGUGGAGCUUGAAUAUUGAACUUGUAACUGUUGUCUGCAGUGAUAUCAUAACACUGCAAUAUGAGGACACGCUCAUAUGACCGCCACCCGUCUCCAUCCCUGGGCUUGGCACAGGUGUGAAGGUAGGCAUGGGGAAUAAAAGGAAGAGGAAGGAUGCCAGCUGAGCCCCUCACCCCUCUGCAAUCAACCGACUACUAAAUAAAGACAGAAUAUGGCUCAGUCCGUGAGGAGGCCGGAGACCCUAGGAGCCAUGGACCACGAGCCCCAGAGGGACAAGACCAGGACCAGCUACUUUGGCAACGUCAAGACCAGGCUGGGAUCCAAGCUUCCUCCUGGCGUCUCUCAGCCUCCACAGUUCGCUAAGCGGCCCUGGGAGACUCAACCUCAGGGCCGAGUGAUGCAGGAGCCUGCAGCCGGCAGCCAGCGUCAACACCAACACCAACAACCCGCCGGGGGCCGGCCUCUCAGCCACACCCCCCACAUCAGAAACCCCAAACUGAGGCAGUACUACCUGCAAGGGACUUCAUGGGACUUAAACAAUACUGCAGUGAAGCAAGAGAAUAUGAGUGGACCGUCAGGUGACGGCACACGCAGCAUGGGUCUCCCUGGGGACACGGUGUUCAGUGUCUCGUCUCAGUUCAACAGUAACGGUGCAUCCUCAGCAGAAGAGGGCAAACUGGGUCACCGUCCCUCCAUUUGCUCUUCAACUCUACCCUCGUUGACGUCUGCUACCCUCCUCUCUAGAGAGCAGCUGGUCGUCCCGAAGGGAAAAAACCCUUCCACCGGUCAGGGAUCGUCUCAACCAGAACUGGACUCGGACUCUGAUCCUAAACCGAAGCGAGAGACGGAGGCUGAUGUGGAUUCUUUGGAAACGCUCGCUGCUCAACCUCAGCCACCCUCACCAGAGGCAGAAUAUGACAAACUACUGGAUGUGGAAGCGGUGCCGAUGCCUGACGGACAGCUCUGCUUACUGGCUCUGCCACCAGAGUGCUGCGAGGGCGAGGGACCGGAGGCCAUGCGGUACCUCAAACUGUUCUGCCGCUACAUCACAGAUCGUAAGGGUGUUGUUUCAGGUAUCCUGUUGGUGACGUCCAAUAAGAUCUUCUUUGACCCAUGUAAGACGCACGCUCUGGUGAAGGAACACGGCUGUGAAGAAUACCUCCUGUCGUGCUCUGUUGACAAUCUGGCGUCUGUCUCCUUCUUCUCGGACAUCUCACAUGUUCACUUCAACACGUCCCAGCAGAGGAGAAAAGGAAAGAAAAUUUUCCAGAAGUUGAAAACCGCCAAAAGCCGAGCAGGCGGCUUCUCAAACCCAAAGGGGGAGUCGGUCCCGGCUCUGCUGUCUGUGGCUCCAUCAGAUUUUUCCCGUCUGGCUCUGAGCCUGACCAGAGAGGUUUGUGGGGAGGAAGAAGAGGCGGAGAGCAUAGACAUGGCGGAGGCUGAAGUGGAGUUUGAUAGCAGCCCUCUGGAGGUGCUGUCAGAGGCGUCUGUGGGCGGCCUGGGAGUGACUGUCCUGAGCAGCGCCGCCACCUUCUGCUGUGGAGGUCAAGAGGUGGCGAGUAAAGUGAAGACGGCGCUGCUGCAUGCUGAUGAGACAGGGAAGUCCUCUGUGAAGAGUCAGACUGCAGCGCCUCGGAGGUCAUCGGCAGGAAGUCCUGGGAGUCUGAUGUUUGUGCGGCUGCGGGUUCAGCCGUCUGCAGGAAAGAAAAAGGGAGCAGGAGGCCUUCAGCUGGGGUCGGCCAAAACGUUACCCAGAAGGGAUGCCUGGCUCGCCCUCUCACAAGAGAGCUCCGACGAGCUGUACGCCUACCUUACACACUGUCGACCAGACUUGUGUAUACUUGAGGUGGGGGAGGAAGAGGAGGAGGUGGACCGGGACGAAGAGGAGUUUGUCCUCAUCGAGGACAAAGAGGAAGUAGAAGGGGAGGAAGAGGAGGAGGAGGAGGACGAGGAGGUGUUCCAGAGGCACCGCAGCUCAGGGGACGACUGGGAGAUGGUGUUGAUGGAAGAGAGCGGGGAGAAGCCAACGCUGGUCAUCGACAGGGAGCCCGACGGACUCAAUAACAUCGUGGAGAGCAGCAACAUUUUAGAAGCUUCACAUGUCAGAGAGCUAUGUAAGGAGCUCCCCCCGAGGACAGUUGGCCACAGCUGGCAGCUGACUUACAGUACGUCCCGUCACGGCGCCAGCCUCAAGUCCCUCUACAGGAAACUCAGCUCCACAGAGUCCCCUGUGCUUAUCGUCAUCAAGGAUGCGCUCGAUGAGAUAUUCGGGGCCUUCCUCUCUCACCCUCUGAAGCUCAGUGAGGCGUUCUACGGCACGGGAGAGACUUUCCUCUACAUGUUGCAUCCUCGCUUCAAGUGCUUCAAGUGGACUGGAGAGAACUCCUUCUUUAUUAAAGGAGAUUUGGACUCCUUUGCUAUUGGUGGAGGCAGUGGUCACUUUGGUCUGUGGGUGGAUGAGAAUCUGUACCUGGGUCGCAGCAGCCCCUGCUACACCUUCAACAAUUGCUGCCUCUCGGAAACCGACGACUUCCGAGUGAUGGAGCUGGAGGUGUGGACGUUCACCUGAAGAGACCGCUGCGUUUCUCUUUUGACUCGCCUCGUCCCUGCUGAUCAGCUUUAUAAAGUUUAUCACUGAGCAAAAAACAAAUACAGCAGCUCAUUCAUUUCAUGGUAACAUCCAUGUAAAAAAAAUCUACCACAAACUGCUGGAUUUAUCCGUGUGAUUAAGUGCUGUGGAUUUCACUGAACUGGACUGAACUGAACAGAGCAACUCGAUGCCCCGGAGUGAGGGUUUAUUGGUGUGGACUCAUGGUUGACUCAUUCCUGUGGGUUUGGCAGCAAAACUGUGAACUGAGUGGAGCUGAACUGGAUUCUUUGAGUCCAGAAUGGAGAGGGGUUACAAGUCCCAAUGACUUUGCUUUUAAUGUGAAUCAGUAACUUAAUGAUAUCUCAUCAUUUAUCAUGUAAACAUGACGUCUUUUAAAGGUAGUGCAUGUCCCCGCUUUCAUAUAACUGUGUUCAGUUAAAGCGGGAGGUUUGAAACACACAUUAAGUCUUCUUAUGAAUAGAUUUCUCUAUUGAAUGUCCUUGAAAUACAAGCUCCCAUCAUCGGACACCAAUCGUUUUAAUGUUUUUUUUUUAUCAGUUAGUGUCAUAAAUUAAGACUUGAAAUAAUCACGUGCGAACACUUGGAGCUCCACUUUGAGAAAAGCUUCUCAAUUGAAGAACAUCUGCACUCGCAAUGGAUCUUAAGAGUCUCAUUCAUGUCUAUUCUGAACUCUUUUCAUUUCAAGUGCUGACUCAUGCACCACUGUGGUUUCUGAACAUGACUGAGAAAGAAUAAGCUUUGAGUUAAUGCAAUUUUGUCUCAAUUCAACUGUAUCCGUGUGUAUGCUCUCUCACUCUAAAAGCCCGGUCUACUUUCUCUCUCGUAGAUUAGUUAAUAAAAAUCAGCACAAAGUGAACAUUUAAACUCUAAAAAAAA